AUGAUUCUCCUCCCUCUCCUGCUGCUCUCGUUCUCCUGGCUCGGGAGCGCCCUGACUUACCACGGCGCUGAUAUCUCCUCGUUGACUGUCGUGGAGGAGGCGGGAGUGCACUUUAGGGAUAACGGCAAAACCUUGCCUUUUGAGAUUAUCCUGAAGAACCAUGGCAUGAACGCUGCGCGUGUUCGUAUCUGGACCGCCGGACAGUACAACCUGCAAUACGGCCUUGCUCUUGGGAAGCGUAUCAAGGACGCUGGGAUGACGCUCAUCGUCGACCUGCACUUCAGCGAUACAUGGGCCGACCCGGGUCACCAGUCCAUUCCCUCCAGUUGGCCCACCGACUUGAACGGUUUGAACACGCAGAUCUAUUCCUACACACAGAAUGUCACUAAGAGCUUUGCGAACCAAGGCACCCCCAUUGAUAUCCUUCAGGUCGGCAACGAGAUCAACAACGGUCUACUCUGGCCAGUGGGCGAGGUUUCCUCAGCUGGGUACCACCCCCUCUCCGAGCUCCUCCACUCCGCCAUCAACGGUGCCAAGUCCGUCGCCUCGCCCAAGAUCCUCAUCCACCUCGCCAACGGCUGGGACUGGUCAGGCCUCGACUCCUGGUUCUCAAACGUAUACGUCCCCGGGGCGCUCUCCGCCGAGCAGGUCGACAUCGUCGGCGUCUCGUUCUACCCGUUCUACGACGCCGGCGCGACCCUCUCCGCGCUCAAGUCGAGCCUGACGAACUUCACGAAGAACUUCGGGAAGCCCAUAGUCGUCGCCGAGACGGACUGGCCCGUGAGCUGCUCGGGCGUAUCCUUGACGGAGCCGAGCAUCUCCGUGUCGGCGAGCGGACAGCAGACCUGGACGAACGACAUCAAGAACAUCUUGGCUGGACUUCCCAAUGGGAGGGGCCAAGGGAUCUUCUAUUGGGAGCCUGGUUGGGUCGGAAGCGCGAACUUGGGAUCUGCCUGCGCGGACAACCUCUUGGUUGACUCUUCGGGAAACACCCGCACUUCGAUCAACAUCUUCAGCCAAGACAUGUGAAUGAGGGCUGAGGGAACAAAAAACGCGUUUUGAUUGCCAGCGUAGUCUUAUAC